AUGAAGCCGACUAAGAUCCCUCUCAGAACGAAUCCCCACUACCGUAAGUCUGGCACAAAGUCAUACGUGCACUUGAUGCGCAAGUACCGCUUCAAUCCGACCAAGGAGGGGCCGUACUUCAUAGGCGGCACGCUAGAGCAAAUGGGUCGUCCUUAUACGGACCAAGCCGUCGGUGGUCGCGCACAUGUCCAGCAGGUGUUGCAGAAGAAAGCCACUAACAGUGACCAAGUUGGCGAAGUGCCCACACUGGAUGUGCAGAAUGAUCUAAUGUACCUGGCGGAGGUGAGUAUUGGGACGCCAGCGCAGAUAGUGAACCUUGAUUUUGAUACCGGAUCAGCGGAUCUCUGGGUCUGGUCAACAAAACUUCCGGACUCGACGCUCUCACAGCACCCGAACCACAAUGUCUUCAAUCCGUCAAAUUCUAGCACAUUUCACAAACAGGCCGGCUCGACCUUUAAGAUUAAAUAUGCCGACGGGUCGUUUUCAUCUGGCACUGUGGGCACCGAUAACGUCAGCAUCGGCGGACUGGUAGUCGAGAACCAGGCCGUCGGGAUAGCUGACAAGAUGUCUGAUCAGUUUGCCAGCGGCGCGGGUGACGGGCUGCUCGGCCUUGCGUUCAGCGAGAUCAGCACGGUCAAACCGCGGCCAGUGAACACGCCUGUGGAAAACAUGAUCGAACAAGCCGAUAUCCCGAAGAGCUCCGAGCUUUUUACAGCAAAGCUGGGCUCAUGGCGCGAUGCGGACGAGCCAGACGGGGGUGCCUCGCUCUACACCUUCGGGUUCAUCGACCAGGCAACUGUGCAGGCGUCUAGCGAGCAGAUCUAUUACACGCCCGUCGAUAAGAGUCAAGGGGUCUGGAUGUUUGACUCGGCCUCGGCGACUAUAAAUGGGCAGACGAUUUCCCGCGCGGGAAAUAAGGCUAUUGCUGACACUGGUACCACUCUGGCUCUGGUUGAUGAUAGCACCUGCCAGGCUAUCUACGACGCUAUUCCUGGUGCCACCUAUGACCCCCGGAGCCAGGGGUAUAUCUACCCAACAAGGACGACUGUAGAUCAACUCCCUGUUGUUUCAUUCGCAGUUGGUGGCAAACAGUUCGUUGUGCAGAAGGAGGAUCUGGGCUUUGCAGAAGCUAGGCCUGGAUAUCUCUAUGGUGGUAUCCAGAGCCGAGGCACUAUGGACCUAGACAUUCUAGGUGGUACCUUUUUGAAGGGGAUUUAUGCGGUGUUCGAUGUCGGAAAUCUUCGCUUUGGGGCCGUGCAGCGUAAGGAACUACACCAGAACCUGUCUCGUCCUCCAUAG